UUUGUGCUGCUCGAGGCAGCUUUUUGGGUGCCAGCUUGUUUUCCCCACUUGAAAAAACCAAUAACGCUGAAUUUCUGAAAAAUUCAGAAAAUUUGCUGGUUUCCCCAUAAUCACCACCCCCCUUUAGUUUUUGUUUGUUUUUUUUGGGGCGUUUAUUUGCACUUUUCUUCCCAUUUAGACUUUGAUCUUUUCCCGGGCUUUCGCGUCCCCGGGGCGAGCGCGACCACGCUAGGCAACACCACUCUGCUCCCGAAGUGACCCAAAAAGGACCGAAAUCACCCCAAAAUAACGGGAUUUACGUUGAGGUGAGACUGGAGGUCGGAGCAGAGAGGCAAGCCUCCGGAGGUGGCUGGCGGGAUGCCGACGUACGAGCCUUGGCUCGUGGCUGCCCUCCUCUUCCUCACCCGAGCUGGGGCCGAAGGAGCUCGCGGAUCGCCGCCGGUGGGAAGGAAACUUCUCCAGCACCUCGCCACCAGCUGGAACCUCAACCAGAAGGUUGAAGGCGAGGAGAUCCCUUCCCACCUGGAGUGGGUGGAUUUUAACGGCACGCUGCCGGCCGACACCGUGUCCAACUGGAACAACUACACCAAGACGACGGAGUACGUCUGCUCAACGGAGGUGCAAGGUUGUAACGUCGGUGCCCACGUCCCCAGCCGGGGCCCGUUUUGCUUCUAUCCGUUCUGGGAGUCCGAGCAGAAGACGUCCAGCUUCAAGGUGCUGGUCAACAGAGGAGACCUGGAGGCGUUGCGUUGGGUGGACGACUCCUUCGGUGACGUGCCCGAAACGGCGGUGGAGGGCUGCCCCUCCGCCGACAUCUACGUCGGGAGGAACCGGUACGGCUUGGGGAAGGUCUCCAAGGAGCAGCAGGCUUUCUUCGUGGUGGUGGACCACGAGGAGGUUUGGUUCAAGUGGUACCAAGUCCUGGCUGUCCGGGCGGGCCCAGCAGACGUCACCAUCUCGGAUGUCCACUACAACACAAGCGAGGCGAUGGGGGGCGGGGAGGAGGUCACCCUGACGAAGACCACGGUGAAGAACGAGGGCUGCCGAGGGAGGAGGGAAGACGUCACCUUGGAAGAGGCCGCCGAGGUGGUGCACGACUGGGAGCUGGACCAGGAGGUCUUCUCCACCAUCCACGGAGCGCUGCGGGCCGCCCCCUUGGCCUUCAACGGGACGAGCUGGGAGGCCACCAACGUCACCAGAGUCACCUGGAUGGGGCGAGCCACCACCGGCGAGUACGUUGUCCAUACCCGCAGGGUUGAGGUGGAGAUGCGACCCCGUACGACGUGCACGGUGGCCCUGGUGGGACGCCAGCUGGACGUCCGCGUCCCGUUCGCCGCCUGGCUGAGCCGUGACUUCGGCGACGGCCAACCGCACCGCGUGGCCGUGACGGGGGUGGCCCGCAGCCGGGUGGUGGUGGACGUCCGGGCCGGCGUCGAGCAGUGCUCGCCCCUCGCUGGUUCCUUGCCGUGCCGAUGAGGAAGGUCGGUGCUACGCAAUGCUUUAUUUUUUCCUUCUUUCCUUCAAAUAUCCCACAUCUCUCCCCAAAACAACGCAGCAGCAACCCAGAAUGCAGAAAAAAAUGCUCUUUUUUUUU